AUGCGCCUCAUUGCAGAGGACACAAAUAGUAUUUCAGCGAAGAAACGAAAAACCCUUUCUCCUCUGUCUCCUCCCCCUUCUCUUUCCCCUUCCUCCUCCUCCUCCUCCUCCUCCGCCGCCGCCGCCGCGGCGAUCACCACGCAUCGAGGGGAAUCCGCAGCUACCACCACCUCGUCAUCAUCAUCAUCCGCCCCGGCUCUGACAUUAAAGAGGGUUUCGCCCGACUCGCUCCAGUACGAGAGCGGAUUCUUGGGGGGAAUCUCGGAUCAGACGGCGGCGGCGGCGGCGGCGGAGGGGAAUGGGGCGGCGGUGGAGGCGCUCGACCCGAUGGAGUACCUGACGAACGUGCUGACGUCGCGGGUGUACGACGUGGCGAUCGAGUCCCCCCUUCAACCAGCGACCAAGCUCUCGGAGAGGCUCGGGGUCAACCUUUACCUCAAGCGCGAGGAUCUGCAACCCGUCUUCUCAUUCAAAUUGCGCGGAGCAUAUAAUAUGAUGGCCAAGAUGUCUAGGGAGCAAUUAGACAGGGGAGUUAUUUGCUCAUCGGCAGGAAACCAUGCGCAAGGAGUUGCAUUGGCUGCUCAGAAACUAGGCUGUGAUGCUGUUAUAGUGAUGCCGGUGACCACACCAGAAAUUAAGUGGCGAUCAGUUGAGAGAUUAGGAGCAACAGUUGUUCUUAAGGGGGACUCCUAUGAUGAAGCACAGUCAUAUGCCAAGCAACGUUGUGAGUUAGAAGGACGGACAUUUAUACCUCCUUUUGACCACCCUGAUGUUAUCACAGGGCAAGGAACUGUCGGGAUGGAAAUUAUUCGCCAAUUGAAAGGUCCAUUACAUGCGAUAUUUGUACCGGUCGGAGGUGGUGGAUUAAUCGCAGGAAUUGCUGCUUAUGUUAAGCGAGUUCGCCCAGAGAUAAAGGUCAUUGGAGUGGAACCUUCUGAUGCCAAUGCGAUGGCAUUGUCAUUAUAUCAUGGGCAGAGGGUCAUGCUAGAGCAUGUGGGAGGAUUUGCUGAUGGUGUGGCAGUUAAAGUAGUUGGAGAAGAGACGUUCCGUUUAUGCAGGGAGCUAGUAGAUGGGGUUGUUCUUGUCAGCCGUGAUGCUAUUUGUGCUUCUAUAAAGGAUAUGUUUGAGGAGAAAAGGAGCAUUCUAGAGCCAGCAGGUGCUCUUUCUCUAGCCGGAGCAGAAGCAUACUGCAAAUAUUAUGGUUUGAAAGGUGAAACAGUAGUGGCAAUAACAAGUGGAGCGAACAUGAACUUCGAUCGUCUGCGACUGGUAACCGAACUUGCUGAUGUUGGUCGCAAGCGAGAAGCCGUUUUAGCCACUAUUCUACCAGAGGAAUGCGGAAGUUUUAAGAAGUUUGCGCAACUUGUUGGCCCUAUGAAUAUUACAGAAUUCAAGUAUAGAUAUGAUUCACGUAAAGAAGCUGCUCUUGUUCUGUACAGUGUUGGAGUUUACACCGACAGUGAACUCAGAUCAAUGGUGGAGCGCAUGAAAUCCUCUCAACUUCAAACUUUUAAUCUUACUAACGACGACUUGGCGAAAGACCAUCUCCGGUACUUUAUGGGGGGCCGGUCAAAUGUCCCAGAUGAACUCCUUUAUCGAUUCAUUUUCCCUGAGCGGCCGGGUGCUCUCAUGAAAUUCUUGGAUGCAUUUAGUCCUCGGUGGAAUAUCAGCCUCUUCCACUAUCGAGCGCAGGGUGAGACCGGGGCAAACGUGUUAGUCGGCAUUCAAGUUCCGAAGGAGGAAAUGGACGAAUUUAAGAAUCAAGCUGAGAAUCUGGGCUACGAGUACACAUCCGAGAUGAAUAACGAGGCUUAUCGGCUUUUAAUGCAGUGAGUAUGUAUGAGUCUAGUUCCCAACCAUGCUUUUGCUUAUUUAUGGAGUCGUCAGUGGCGAUAACUCCCCUUCGAGACAACAACCUUGCUGGUUGAAGAAAAUCAGCAGAGAUUCAAGGAAAGGUUCUUUUAUCCUAUCGCCAAAUCUAGCUUUCUCUACUAUCCAUUGAUUUCUAGUGUUGUAUUAACUUUCCGUUUCCUUAGGGGAAGGGUUUCAGUAGGAAGCCAUGGUAUGAGUUCUUUCCGUUGUAAUGGAAUUCGCGAAAUGCUUUUCGAAGUACUUCGAGUGGACCGAUCUAUCUAUGAUUAUAAUCUAUGAACUGUGUUUUGAUCCUGC